AUGCAUGAACGCACAUGUGUCGUUCUUGAAAACCCAAAAGAAAAUAUAGCCAAACUUGAAAACCUUAUAGCCACAACAAAGGAACGACGCAAAACAAGGGAACAGCAAUGGCAGAGCUAUCGCAAGCCAAUGGAAGAGACACUUAAAGUGUUGCAAACUGCAAAACAAGCAAAAAACGUACAAAACGUACUGGAACUACGAGAAACAAUCACACAACUGGAACAAACACUACAUGAGAAAAAUAUUCAACAUGCACAACUAAGUGAAGAACUCAAAAAUAAUCCAAAUGCAGCGGCUUUACGCAAGGAAUACACACGUAGGAUACUAGAAUUCAUAGGAAAUAUACGGAAGCAACGGAAUGAUAUCUUUAAGGUCUUGGAUGAUACGCGUGACUUACAAAAACAAUUGAAUGCUGUCUCAGCACAACUGCAACGUCAAUUCAACUAUACUGACGACUUACUAUUCCAGAGUGCCAAGCACGAUUUACAUGCCAAGAAAGCCUAUAAACUGUUGGCCACACUGCAUGAAACCUGCAGUCAUCUUGUUGAAUUGGUUUCACAAACAGGUAAUGUCACAAAGGAAAUACGAGAUCUUGAAGUACAAAUUGAUCGUGAAAAAAUGAAAAAUAUUGCUCUGAGUCUUGAACAGAUAUCGGCGGAUAUACGUAAUUUUGAAAUCGUUAUCAAAAAUAUACAAACUGAAAUACAUAAGGUCGAAAAUAAAAUAACUGCAGGUUAA